CGACACCCCUCCAAACCUACCUCCCCAGGACCCUCGUCCUUCUGGGUCCCACCCAGACAUCUCCUUCACUUCUCCCCGUCAGUUUGCUCACUUCAUCCGACAGGAGGACGUCACGCUCUACUCAGUGAACGUCAUGGAUCUUCUUCUCUACGAUCCACUCUGUCCCGAGGUUGAGCUCAUCUCACUGGAGCCCGAUCCCCCAGACCCUUCCUCCAUCUUCGCGGCUCCCAUCUCUACAUCCACCCCGCAGCCUGCGGAUACCCCCUCGACAUCCCAGGUUCCUACGCUGUCUACUGCCGAGUCCACCUAUACGUCUCGUGCCGACGCAGACGUUGAGGAACUCAUGCAGUUCACGGCUGACUUAGAGCCCGUCAUCCGCGACCUGAUUCGGGAGUACCGCGACGUCUUCCCCCCGUAUUUCUCAUACAGCGGGAUUCCCCCGAUGCGCGGUGUCGAGCAUUCCAUCCAGCUCGUGCCUGACUAUCGUGUUCACCAUCAGGCACCAUACCGACUCUCGAUUCCAGAGGCAAAGGAACUCAAGCGUCAGCUUGAGGAGCUCCUUCGACUUGGUUUCAUUAAACCUAGUAACUCCCCUUGGGGUGCACCUGUCCUCUUUGCUCGCAAAGCGGACGGAACUCUCCGCCUCUGCAUCGAUUAUCGUGACCUUAACCGUUACACGGUUAAGAACAGUUAUCCCAUGCCCCGUGCGGAUGAACUGUUUGACCGUCUGGCAGGCAACCGCUUCUUCACGAAGAUCGAUCUUCGUAGCGGUUACCACCAGAUCCGCGUUGCCGCAGAGGACCAGCCGAAGACCGCCUUUUGGUUGCGCUUCGGCCACUACGAGUUCACGGUGAUGUCAUUCGGCCUCACCAAUGCACCUGCCACCUUCCAGACGGCGAUGAACGACAUCUUCAGGGACAUCCUUGAAGAAUACGUUCUCGUAUACCUGGACGACAUCCUGGUCUACAGUCGUACCUUAGAAGACCAUAUCAGACACCUCCGCGAUGUCCUACAGCGCUUACGCAAGCAUGGCUUCUAUGCCAAGCUCAGUAAGUGCCGCUUUGCCCAGCGCAAAGUGGACUUCCUAGGACACCAUGUGUCUGACCAGGGUCUCCACAUGGACGACGCGAAGAUCACUGCUAUUGCAGAGUGGCUCGUCCCCACAUCUGCCAAGCAGCUUCGCAGCUUUCUAGGCCUCACCAGCUACUAUAUGGGACUUACACUUAGCCCACGCGGAGAUGCGUACAACCACGCUGUUUCGCCAGCCACGAGGAUGUCGCUAUUCUAUUGCGACCUCGGCUACCACCCUCGCGUACCUGCGGAUUUCCUCCGACCAUCGCGGUUGCGCCCAAACACUCGUUGCCCUGCGCUUGACGACUGGAUCGCCCACAUGGCCGCGAUUAUGAAGCGCGCACACGAGAGUUUAGCCGACUCCCAGACUCGCAUGGCCGCACGAGCGAACCGAUCACAAAUGGAUCAUCCAUUCAAAGUCGGUGACGAUGUGCUCGUCGACGCACGCCACUUACAGCUCAUAGCAGAUAUGCUUCGCAAGUUCAGACGUCGUUUCUUCGGUCCAUGCCGCAUCCUUCAGGCCGUCGGCUCUGAUACUGCCGCUAGUCCGGUCAGCUUCCGUGUGAAGCUACCUGAUUACCUUCGACAGACUCACGUACAUGAUGUUUACCACGUCGCCUUGCUGCGUUCUUAUCGCAGACCGUCCGAGCGCUUCGCCGGACGCCCUUAUGAGCGCCCUCCGCCUAUCAUGGUGGACGGUCACGAGGAGUUCAUUGUUUCCGACAUCGUAUCACGCCGAGUUACCGACAAUACCCCUCCACGCAUCGAGUACCUUGUGCGUUGGAAGGGCUACCCUGAUGAGGAGGCUACUUGGGAGCCCCUCGAGCACUUGCAGCACGCCAGGAUGUUGAUGCGUGCAUAUGAUCGUGUUCGUCAUGCUGGGACAUCUGCUUCUACUCAGCCGACUGACCCUCUUCCUCCUCCUCCGGCUGAGGAGAUCGCUGAGGAUGAGCCCGCUCCCUCUGAGGCCGUUCCUCAGCCGCAGAUGGUCGCCUCCGAGAGUCCACAGCGCACUCAUCGUCGCCCUUCACGUUACGAUGACUGACACUCUUAUCCUCCAUCUUUCCCCACUGACUCACACCAUCAGGUACUCCAUCAUCAGCUCUUCUUCAGGAUGUCAGCGUUUUGCGGCUCUGCUUCGACA